GCGAAUACGGUGUCCCUUGGUCACCGGCAUAAGAUGUGUGGGCUUCGCUGACUCAGUCGAGUUGGUGCCAUCGAAGUUCACUGGCGCAUGUGGCUUUUGUGUACUCUUGUCCUUUCGACCAGCUGGCUGGCACCGACCUGGCGGAAAGCUUCAAUUCACUAAAACUAAAAAUGUAAGUUUCCUGUGUCUCUUGCGAAACGAAAGACGAGGCGGAGUCUGGCUGGGCAUUCCCGUGACCUUGACUGCGCUGAUUUUGCGAGGGGCAUGUUGCUGGCGGCUUAGUUUGUAUCCGCGCCGGGCACGCGGACUGACAAAGGAGAGAACGAUUCUUUGACUCCUUGCUAGCGCGAUCGAAAGGAGAGGAUUAUCUUGCAAUGAGUAAAGCUGAACCUAGAUGGAAACGACACUGCCAGUUCCUGGCCGCCCUAAAUGAUGACAACACAUCGUUGGCAUGGACUUUGCUCUGUGGCUUUGAAGGACCUCCAGUCGAUCCGGAUGUAAGAAUCAUGACAGGAGGUGAAAGCAAGCCAGCAAUAUGCAUUGCUGUUGAGAAGGAUCUCAUAGAAAUGGCUCAACUUUUAAUCAUGAGAGGCUGCAGCGUGAACCAGUUUUCAGCUACUGGGUUGUCUCCUCUGCACAUAGCAGUCAUGCGCAACAAUAUUGCCUUAGUGCGCCUUCUGCUGAAGAAUGGUGCCAGUGUUUCCUGUGUAGACAGCAAUGGAAGGACGCCACUACACCAUCUGGCUGUCUGCAACUACAGUGGCAGAAGUCUUGAAAUGGCAAGGCUUCUUGUACAGAAAGGCAGCAACAAGAAGUACAGGGAUAGAAGUGGAGCAACACCCUUGGCACUGGCCUGCCAAAGCAACCGCACCUUGGCUCUGUUCCUAUUGUCCCUUGGGGACAAUGCCAGCGCUGCUGACAAUGAGGGAAACACUCCACUACACCAUGCAUGUGCUAGACAGCCAAACGAUGUUGAAUUGGUGGAUCGGUUGCUUGCAGCUGGAGCACCGGUGAAUCGGAAAAAUAACCAUGGUAUGACUGCACUGAGCUUUGCCUUGAUGGCACAUGCAAGUCCCUUAUUGGUGCAAAGCCUCAUGAGCAAAGGAGCAGACUGCAACCUCUUCAUCGAGUGCUGGAGUCAGACAGUUCUUCACCGAGCCACGUGUAUUGCCAGUAACUAUAGAGACUUGGAGCCAGUCAAGACUUUCGUGCGCUACGGAGGCAAUCCAUUCAGUCAAGACGGGUUUGGCACGACAGUUAUGCAGCAUGCGCUGUGCUCAAACAGGCCACUAGCCUUGUGGAUGAUUCGUGCAAAUCCAUAUAUGGGCGCACCUCGCUGGGCUGCAUGGCGGAUGCUGAAUGGUAAAUCCGAACGUCCAGAUCAUAUAGUAGCAAGUAUCAUGUCGGAGCUCUCCAGCAUUCCAACGCUUCAGCAACUGUGCUCUCUGGCAUUUCGGCGCAAGUAUGCCUGCCAUCUUGACUCUCCGAUGUACACAUCAAUUCUGCCACCUCGGUUACUACAAUGUCUUCUCUUGUCCGACUUGUGGCCGUCAGAGGUGGAUAGGUGACUUUGGAUGUCUGUAGGCAGAAAAGCAAGCCAUUAGUCUUAAUUUUUCUCUAAAAUCCUAUAUUUAUGGUAAUUUAACAUGACAUUGCAUGUAACCAUGUACAGUCGCUGACGGAUUUUUUGGACUAAAAAAAUUUGGACUUGGUCAAUACUUUGGACUUCAUAAGUGCACCCUCAGGGUUCCCAUAGAGCUAAUGCAUUUUCGCGACUGAUUUUUCAGAUGAAUUUAGGCCCCAAAGUUUGAUUUUCUGGACUAAAUCGCUCAUUCCGAGCCACGCUACCCAAUUUUGGAGGCCGCCAUGUUGGAUUUUCUACUGGCUUGGCCAGGCUUGGCUUUCAGUAGCCCACUUUAUAGCCUCCAAUAUUGGGAAGGGCGCGCCAUCCUCUCGUCUUGGAGGCCAUUCCCACUCUUUCUUAGCUGACAAAUCACUCCAGGGCACGGUACAUUUGCUGUUUUCCACUCUUCUUUUGGUCCGCGCUAUUGUCAUAAUCAUUUAAUGUAGGACUUUUUUUUUUUCUUUAGUUUCGGUGGCACUUCGUGUGUCCACAGAGCAGCUGUGUCUUAAAGACAUCGCAUGUUUGUGCAGCUUCGCAUUUGUGUAACAGGCGCCACCUCCUGUGCCUUCGCGAGAGUGAAGUGGUGUGAAGUAACGUGUCUCCUUUUUUUCUAUCUCCAUGGUGAUUUCCGCCAAUGGAGAUCGCCAAUGUAUUGACGCUCUUGUCGAUUGUAUACAGACGAGGUCACUCUUGCGCAAAUCCAAGAAACUUUGAUCACCUCCAAGCGUAGUACAGGGCAGUGCGUUAUCAGAUAUUUUUUAAGCCACUCUAAGCCUAAUAAAUUUUAUUUUUGGGUGUGAACAAGUUUUUCGAACUGUUCGAUUUUUUUUACUAUAUUUUGGUCGCCGCGAGGUGCGAAAGAUCGGUUGGCGACUGCUGUAAAAGCCUCAAUGUAGUAUGAACCCAAGUAAAAUAGAAGGGGUAAUUUCGGGCUAAGGAAAGAAAACAUUUUAUCCACUUUUGUCUGCUUGUAAUACACCUCAUGAAAACAUACUUUCAAAUCAUUCUUUAUUGAAGCUGCACUGCAUGCUCUGUCACCCUCAUUUUCUCAAAUGACAUCUUGUUAGGGAGGUCCUCUCAGAGGUAUUCAUCUUCUGUAUUGUCCAGUGUGUUGACAGUCCCUACUUAUUAAAGGGCUGCAGUGACAGUGUCCGAGAAAUAGCAGCCUCUAUUUUGGCAAUUCACUGUCUAUUAGCACGGUGUUCCUGGAGAAACCUAUACUUGAUGAUGAUGAUGAUUAGUGGCAAUUUUGUUCAAAAUCGGGCAUAUGAAAUGUACUUUUGCCUUGUUGACAUAGGCUGGCAACUGACUUGCGACGGUCAGCCGACCAUCAUGGCUCAUAAUCGCGCACGCGAGAGAGAAAGGCGGGGCAGAAACACACAGUCUUCUUUCGCGGAAGGGGGGGGGGGGGGAGGAAAAGGGAGUUCUGCUCCGGCGCCUGCUGCUUAGGGCACAGCCGUCGUAUCUUGAAAUCGAUCAGUAAUAUGGACAAAGUGCACCCACUGCCGGUAGCUUCGUAUGCGCUAUGCUUUCAAUGUUUAGUUCGCAUUGAAGUGAGAGGCAGCGCGAAGGACAGUUUGCUCGCUGCUACUACUGCGCUUACAUUGCCUAAUUUGAUGUUGCAAUCGAUGCUUCGCCUUUUGGGUGAAACUGCGACUUUUAUUGUUUGUUUUUUUACUUCAGACGUUCGUCACUGACUGCAAUAAAGUUGGUAUACAUUGUGACGAAAGUUUCGAAAGUACAACAUUUCGGAUAUUACGGACGUCUGAAAAACCAGAUGUUUUUUGUCAGAUUAUCAGGGUCCGUUGUAAUGAGAGUGGACUGUACUAGACCCUUGCACAUUGUUGUUGCUAAAAAAUCGGUUACGCAUUAGAUUUCUACUUUCCUUUGGAGUUUUAAUGUCAUUUCUACAUCAGUUUUCUACUUUGGACAGACAGCAAUCAGGCAAACACUGUUGAGUGAGUUUUGAAGUUUCUUUCUUCAUCUGGUUUAAUUUGACCUCCCGGAUAAUUUGAUCAAUUUCGUCAAUCCCAUAAGGGUCGAAUUAAUGAAGGUCAACUGUGUACAUGUUGACAACAACUUCAGGAGUGACAGAGCUCCAAAAGCUCUGACUGCUCUUUCUCUUUUUACAAAAACAAACCGACAUAUUUAAGCAAUUAGUUUGACAAGGAAAUACACUUAUCCACCACUCAGCACCUUAGAGUCAAGAGUCUCUACCAAUCGCAAGUAGCUUGCAAGCAUGCAGCUGUAACAUGAACCAUUGGCUAGGCUAGGUUGGUUAGAUUAAGUAUUGGUUGGAACAAACCAGUGAAUGAGUUUUCUCUCUGCUACCCCUAUUGGCCAUCCCUGUUCAGUUAUUCUUUCCUUUUACCACUCCUUACAUCGCGGCUUUACUUUAAAGAAAACAAAGCAAGGAAAAAAAACAAGAUACACGAAUACAAGCAAGUAAAAGCAUUUCCUUUCCAUUUUUGGAAUCGGCACCGAGUGUCAAGGUUGACUUAUUUUACGGCUUUUCCCUUCCGUGUCUGGGGAAACGCGAAACCGUCGCACGUAGAAGCUGCGUCUGUUCCGAGCAACCAAAAACACUGUAAAACGCUGCCGGACUACUUGGCGUGGUAACAAGUGCAGCGGCACCAUGCACCCAUAGCUUUCCCUUCAUAGCUAGAGAAAGUUGUCCGCAAGUAUAGCCCGAUUUCAGAAAAUGGGUAACAGUGCCAUGGUUAUGCAAGGUCGGUACACCUUCGUGAUUAGGCAGUGAGCAGGGAAAUGGAAUUAUUUUUUUCCAGCAGCAUACGCAUGUCACACAAGCAAAUAACAUCUAUAUUACACUUUCAUCAGAGCAGCACCUGAUGACAGUAGUGAUAGGUGCCUGCUGCUAUGCACCACACUAUAACACCAUGGCUAGAUGCCUUGGAUAACCUAAAGAGUUGUGGCACCCUAAAUAAUAGAAAGAAAUCAUUUGUGCAAGAUUUUGCAAAAGAAAGUUCAUAUAUAUGCAGGUCUUUACGGUAGAAAUUUUUAGUUGACAUUAUAUCAUUUUACAUUUACUUAAGUAAACCACUGCGAGACUGUCCUCAUUGUCAUUAUAUCAUGUAAAGUAAAUUUAGUGUGUAAAAAGAAAACUCAUUCAUGCAAAUCAUGGCUACCUGGUAUUUGUAUUGGUAAUAAAAUAAUGUGUGUGUCAUUUUUUUUUAGUCUUGUCACCCCCGUUAUAUACGUGACGCUAAUUAUAACAAACGCUGGUAUUCGAAUGAAUGCUGUCCAUUGUGUUCAAAGUAUGUAUGGUCUGAAAAAUGCAUACUCCGAUAUUAAAGGUUUGUAAAGACGAGGGCCCUCACAUACACUGUACCCUAUUGAUUGACUGACUAGUAUUCAAAUGGGGGAGGGGGUAGUAUGGACUGCCAAUUUUUCUAAAUAAUCUGGAGCCCAAGAAAAAAAAAUGUGGUUUACUAGGGAGUAAUUACUUUCCUAUUCACUUUUGUUUGCAAGUGCACACAAAAAUUCAUUGUCCACACCUACAAUGGUUCAGCCUGCAUUUUGGCCAGUGUCAUUAAACUAUGUUAUAACAAUUGAAGUUGGUCAAACAAUUCUGCUUUAAGUUCCCAUUGAAACCCACGCAGUUAGUUUCAUUGUAAUGAAACUAACUGCACCGGUCUAAAGUAAAAUUAUUUUGUGAAAGCAUACAACGAAUAUAUUUUUUUUUCGUUCAUAAAUUACCUUGCACUGGUUAGACCAAAAUCUGAUGGUGUAGUACAUUGCUAGUUACUCGCCUGAUGUGGCAGUUCAAAACUCAACAUGCUGUUUGCCGAAUGAAUCACUCAGGUGCUCUGCUGUGUGGUUUAUUGCGCCGCAUUGCUUUUUCUCUUGUGAUUGUACUGUGAUAUUGUACAAUAAAGGAUUUUUUUUAUA